CAAUCUUUUUCACUCAAUAAAAGAGACUAUGGCUCGCUCCAUUUGCUUCAUGGCAUUUAUGGUCUUGGCAAUGAUGCUCUUUGUUUCCUAUGAGGUGCAAGCUCAACAAAUUUGCAAAUCACAUAGCCAAACCUUCAAAGGAUUAUGUUUUACCGACUCGUCAUGUAGAAAAGCUUGUCUCACAGAGGAGUUUACAGAUGGACAUUGUAGCAAACUCCUAAGAAAGUGCCUAUGCACAAAGAUUUGUGUAUUUGACAAAAAUUCAAAUGAAGUUAAAACAACUUUGGGUGGGGAAGCAAAAUUUUUAAGUGAAGCUUUGCUUGAAGAAGAGAUUAUGAUGGAGUAAUAACGUGAGAUUAAUUAAUGAUUUGAGUGUCAAAAACAAAAUUAAUAAUAUGUUGCCUUUUCUUAAAAGGGUAGCUUCUAAUGUUGUGUUAUUGGCCUUUAGUUGCCAUUUGACACAGCAAAUAAGUUGUAACACAUCAUUAAUCCAAAUGGAAUCUUGUAUCAACUUUAUGUAUGUUUUAAUGAAAAAUGAUUGACUACGAUUUUUAAUUUU